AUGCCGGACUCAAAACUAUAUGAUUUACUUGGCGUUUCCCGCACUGCCAAUGAACAAGAAAUUAAAAAAGCAUAUCACAAACUUGCAAAAACACAUCAUCCAGAUAAAAAUCCUGAAUCGGCCGAAAAGUUCAAAGAAAUAUCAUUCGCUUAUCAAGUUUUAACAGAUGAUAAUAAAAGACGUAUCUAUGACAACUAUGGUCUUGAAGGACUUAAAGAAGGUGGCGGCAACAGCGGUGGUGGAGGAAAUAUGGCAGAUAUUCUUGGUCAAUUUUUCGGUGGCGAUUCAUCCUUUGGUGGCCAUCAUUUUGGUGGUCAUCCUUUCGGAGGUUUAUUUGGUCAUUCAAACAUGGGUGGAGGAAGACCUCGACGGCGUAAAGGCGAUGAUAUUGCACAUCCACUCAAAGUAACACUUGAACAACUAUAUAAAGGUGAUACAAGUGCACUAGAAAUAUCUCGUAAAGUCUUAUGUCCAACAUGCAAUGGUGUUGGGGGCCGUGAGGGUGCUAAACAAACAUGUACGUCAUGUCGUGGUCAAGGUAUUCAGAUAGUCACACGACAAAUAGGUCCAAAUAUGAUGCAAAGAAUGCAACAAGUAUGCAAAGAUUGUAGUGGAGAAGGUGAAAUAAUCAAUGAACGAGAUCGUUGUAAAAAUUGUUAUGGUAAAAAGACAGUUGAUCAAAAGAAGAAACUUGAAAUUGUUAUAUCACCAGGUAGCAAACAUGAACAACAGGUUCGUUUUCCAGGUGAAAGUGAUCAAGCACCAAAUAUGGAACCUGGAGAUGUUAUUAUUGUUUUACAACAAGAACCACAUGCUGUUUUUCAGCGCAAUGGAGAUAAUCUCAUUAUGAAACAUAAAAUUAAUUUAGUUGAAUCCCUAUGUGGUUUUAAACUUGUCUUAACACAUUUAGAUGGAAGGAAAAUUAUUUUAAAACAUCCACCCAAUGAUCCGAUUGCGCCAGAAACAUAUCGAUGUUUGAAGGGGCAAGGAAUGAUUAAUAUGCGAACGCAUGACACAGGAGAUCUAAUUAUUCAAUUCGAUGUUGAAUUUCCUUCAGAAAAAUCUCUUACUGAUCCUCAAGUACUUAAGUAUCUUGAAUCACUCUUACCAAAGCGGCCACAUAUUGAUAUUCCACAAGGUGAACAUGUCGAAGAAGCCCAUAUGAUCGAUUUUCAUACAACGAAAUCAGCGCAUGAUGAUCGACGGGGUAAUCGUCGAGAAGCAUAUGAAGCUGGUGGUGAUUCAGAUGAUGAAGGAGGUCAUGCUCAUCCAGGUGUCCAGGCAUGCAGAUCUCAAUAA